AUGACAUCCACCGCGAAUGAUGAGGCUGCGACUCUGUGGGUGCAGCACGCUGUGGAGUGUCUUCACAAGAACGACACUGGCUGCGAUGACGGUGGCGAGGUACGGUAUGCCGACCUUCUGGACUUUAUGCAGAGUGCCCCGCCGCCUCCCAACUCUUUGCACGCCAUGUGGGAGCAAUGUGUCUGGAGACUGCAGGAUGAGCCGGAAGCUUUGUACUUGCUGCGCUGUUUGGCCAACAGCUCACGUGGUGGUGUCUACAGUGACGCAUCCUUCCUACUUGACGCACGCGCAUCUCUGCCCUUCCCAUGCGUGUCACAAGAAGAUGCUGGUGGGGCUGAAGCGGGGAACGGACUUCAACGGCUCGUUGCACGCAUUGUCGCGCUUCGACUUGUACCGAGCACCACAGAUAUCAUUCAGCUGGGUUGGAGUGUGUCUUUGGCAGGGCCGGAAACAACUCCUGCCGCAUCUUCUUCACUGAGACCGAUGUAUUGCACCCGUACACAUGUUGUCAUACAGCUUGCAUCUGGAAGGCACCUUUCUGCGUGGGCGUACGGUGGCGUUGGAUUACGGCUCCGUGUUGGGACCGUUUUCUGCGCUCUAUUGUACCCGAGUCGCACGGAGAAUCAGGAAAUGGCCUAUGUUAUUCACAAUGUCUCCGAAAUCACUGCUGCAGAUGACAGCGUGGGGUCAUUGGCGUGGUCACGCAGCAUCCGAAGAGACAAUUUUGCUUCGUACCCUUCAAUGCCUGGACAAUUUUCUUUUGAACAACUUGUCGAGUCGUUUUCGCCAGAGAUGGCGGGACAGAAAUUGUGCAAGUCACUGCUCUUACUUGUGGUGGUGCACACAAUGUAUCGAGCUGUAAGGUGCCGCGCGCGGCGGCCUCUUCAUGCUUUGCUUUUGGGAGCCCCAAGGUCCGGCAAGUCCGCCUUGUUACGUGCGUUUUUGCACCUUCUUGGCCCACACGCCACAUUGGUCGGGGCACACGUUGUCCACGGACAGCAACGUUCUGCGGCCAUAUCUCAGGCCAUCACCGCGACGUACCCGCAUGUGCGUCAGCAGCUUCUCUUGGGUGGUGCGGUGUCGACAUUUGACGCCCUUGUCGUUGAUGAGGUUUCCAGCCGCGGUUGUGCGAAUCUUGUGGAGGGAUUUAUAACGGGUGUGUGCCCCAUCUUCAGUGGUGGCGGUGGCGGCGGAGUGUCGGCGACGAUGAUUCGCAGUCAUGUGAUACCCACUCAUGUACAGGUCACGGCUGCCGCAAACGACGACCUUCUUGCAGCCGCCGCCCUUAUCCCAAAAUUCUCCGUGGUGGCACGCACCACUGCUCAACUCUCCCUCCACAAUGCCGCUUCUAUUGGUGAGGGGGUUAUUGCCGCCUCUGUCGCAAGCUCGCAGUCAUUGUCCAGAACUCCUUCCCGCUCCGCAUCGCUCUGUGAGUCAAGUCCGGGACGAUUGGACUCCGGUGUUUUUUGUGCUGGCCCACUUUGCGAGGAACUUCUGCGUGCUGCUGUGGAGGAGGCGCCACCAGCGUCCGUUUUGGAAAGGAUGAUUCCUGCUGAGGCCUUUACAAGUUUUUAUCUGAGUCGCCUGCGUGAGCACUGGCAUGGUACCAAAGCCCUUGGUACGACGACCGUCACAAACAGCACUCCACCGCUGGCGUUGGUGCUGUCGGUAUUGUGGGAGUUAAACUUGGCACGGCUGGUCCUUGAGCACGGAUGCUGUCACGGCGAGAGGGCCACUGGUUGGAGCGAGUUGCUUGCGGAGGAGGUUUGGCAAUGCUACACGCACCAUCUGUGGGCUUUGGACACGGCCGCUGUGGCCACUGCAAGAGAGCGCAUUAAAAAACAAGCCAUUCCUUGCGGUGCCGAUUUUUCUGCCGUAAGGAGUGGUAAAAAGAGGAAGAUCAGUAAGAAGGCCGCGUGCGUGGCGCUGCUGCGGAUGAUGGCGCACGAGCAGCGUGAAAGCGGCGCUGAUUCGGUGUCUGAGGCGAGCACCAGGGCCUUUUUCCAACAGCUUGGCGGAGAGGCGAUGACUGGUCAGUCUUUUUCUGACGUGAUACAGCAGCUUCUAGACGCUGCAAUGAUUAUACAGAGGUUGAGCGCCUACGCUGUUGUUGCUGAGGCGUGA